AUGAUAUCCAACACAAGAACACUGGUGAAUGCUGCUGCAGGAGGCUCCCAGAAAACAAAAACUCCAGAGGAAGCGCUGGAAUUACUGGAAUCUCUAGCUUCUCAGGAAUUUGACAAUGCCCCUGCCCCAGUUGCACAAAGGAGAGCAGGAAUUAUAAAGAUCGACGGCUAUGAUGCUCAUGCGACUGAGGAUUGUGACUACAUCAGAAAUACUGAAAAGCCACCAGCAGAGGUAAACAGACUCUCGUAUGAUCAGAAGAAUCAGAAUCAACAUCCAGGGUUGAGUCACAAAUCCAACCAUCAACUCAAUCCUCUUCUUCCAGUGCAACCACAUACCCCACAACAAAGUAACACUUCUGAGUGGGAGAAAGCUUUUGCACAGCUGUGCAAGACCACUUCUGAUUAUGUUCAAGGUGCAAAUGCUUUCAGAGAGGACACAUCUUCUUUCAUGCAAGAGACUAGAGCAGCACACCGGAAUCAAGAAGCUUCCAUAAGAAAUCUGGAAAUUCAAAUUGGCCAGUUGUCAAAGCAAUUUUCCGAGAGAGCUCAGGGUACUUUUCCAAGCAACACAGUUGUCAAUCCAAGGGAGCAUUGCAAUGCUAUCACCACUAGGAGUGGGACAAUGAUUCAGCCUAUAGAGGGGCAUCGAAAAGAAACUAUUCAAGUGGGAGAAGAAGAAAGCUCUAGAAAGACAGAACAAGCCAGUGGAUCUCUCCCAUAUGCUCGAAUCCCUUGUCCUCAGAGAUUAAAGAAAGAUAUUCAGAAGCAGCAGUAUUCAAAGUUUCUAGACAUAUUCAGGAGGUUGCAGAUCAACAUUCCUUUUGCUGAAGCUUUAGAGAACAUGCCCAACUAUGCAAGGUUCAUGCAGGAUCUAUUAUCAAGGAAGCGUAAGUUGCAGGAAUGUGAGACGGUGAAUCUGACGGAGGAAUGUAAUGUUAUCAUCCAAAAGAAGUUACCUGCCAAAGUCAAGGAUCCAGGGAACUUCAGCAUUCCAUGCACUAUAGGCAAAGUGGAAGUGGACAAUAAGCUGGGGAUUACUGAAGUGAAGCCCACAAAGACGAUAGUGCAACUAGCUGACCGCUCUUCAAAGCAAGCUUAUGGCAUCAUUGAAGAUAUAUUGGUUAAGGUUGACAAGUUCAUCAUUCUUGUUGAUUUUGUCAUCCUUGACAUUGAAGAAGAUGCCAUUAUUCCUAUGAUUUUCGGAAGACCCUUCUUGGCAACUUCAGGAACACUGAUAGAUGUACUUAAGGGCGAGCUGAUAUUACGGGUAGAAGGAGAGCAAGCAACUUUCAAGUUCUUUGACAAAGAAGUCCCCUCAUCUGUAGCUCAACUUGAAGAUCAAGUCUACUUUAUUAGUGAAAAGAAGGGUGAAGAAGAAAAUAAUGAGGAGUCUUCUCAAGAAAGUAAGCCAAAAGUUAAGAUGGACAAGCCUAGGAGCAAGGGAAAGCAUAUAAAUACCAAAUUCAAAGUUCUUGAGACUACUUUACCUCAUCCAUAUACACAAGAGCACUGUGGUAGGACACAAUUUACGAAUGAUGGAGCUUGGACGUCACCAAGCUUAUAUUUGAGCCACCAUGAACGUAAAUCAG